UUGAUCAUGAACAAUCAAAUAAUUUGGUCUCUUUCUUCAAUCACCAUUAUACUGUCUCUAGGAGAGUCAAAAAAGUUUCUUGUGGAAACGAUGGAUGACCAGCCUGAAGGUUAUAAAGGAGGAGCAAAUGGAGAUGACUACAGCCUUCCACUAUUUUAUGAGGCCUGGAAGGACCAAGAUGACUGCAAAACCAAAGUAGAGUGUCCUGGAAAAAGUCAUUGUUGGCAUGGAUUUUGCGUCCCAGUGGAUUCUUACCAAACACAGCAUGGUGGCGAUGAUGAAGAAGACUACUCCUCUACUCUAUCACCACUGAUCUGGGGUGAUGAAGAAGAUGCCUCUACUACUUUGGCAACAGUGAACUGGGGACAUGAUAAAUGCAAGACAGCUUCAGACUGUCCUGAACCUUAUAAUUAUUGUAUAAAUAAUGGGAUUUGUGGUAGUAUAUAGUAUAGUAGUAUAGUAGAUUUUAGAGCCCUGCAGCAGAAUAUGGCCAACCUGUUUUAAUAUUAAUCAGUGCAUGGAUCCAAAAUGAAUUUAAAGUCAAAUGUUUAAAUUUAUUUUUCACAAUAAAAG